GCCGGAUGUUAGCAUGUUUGCUGUUCGCUUGUCUGCAAAGGAAGCGGUUAGUCCACAAAUUCUACCAUUUUCCAGGCUAGUUUAUCAGAGUAAUGGUUCCGAGAGCAAUAAAGAGGCAGCAGGAGACCUUUAGCGAGCGUUUUAGAUUCACAGUACUCUCAUUAAAAUACAGAUAACGGUGUAAAUGAAGGAACUUCCUCGUCCUCAGUGUGACGCUUGCUAGCUGUUAGCUAGCGAAGCUAACAACUUUUCAUUCAUUACUGCCUCUUUGUUGCUAGCUAACGCUGAGUCUCCUUGUCAUCCAUGAAAUGAUGGUGUUGAAGCUUUCGGCGAUGAAUGUGUGAGAAGAAAGCCCCGGUGGUCCUCCUGCCACGCCACACACUUCCUCAUGGAUUCCAACAAUGACGAUGCUCUUGAUAUAAUCAUCACCAAUGUGGUGGCCACCUUCAGGACCAGGUGUCACCUUAACCUGCGCACCAUUGCCUUGGAGGGAACCAACGUGAUCUAUAAACCUGAAGUAGGGAAAGUCUUGAUGAAACUCCGUAAACCCAAGAUAACGGCCUCAAUCUGGUCCUCAGGGAAAAUCAUCUGCACAGGUGCAACAAGUGAGGAUGAGGCAAAGCUGGGCGCUCGCAGGCUCGCCCGCUGUCUGCAAAAACUAGGCUUCAAGGUUCGAUUUUCAGCCUUCAAAGUUGUGAACGUGCUGGCUGUCUGCUCCAUGCCGUUCGCUGUCCAUCUUAUAGACUUCACAGUGAAGAACCGGCCCAUCGCCAGCUAUGAGCCCGAGCUCCAUCCUGCUGCUACGUACAGGAUCAAAAACCUAAAGGCGACCAUACAAGUGUUCUCUACCGGCAGCCUCACUGUUACAGGACCAAACGUGCAGAAUGUGGCCACAGCGGUGGAGCAGGUCUAUCCGCUGCUGUUCGAGGUUCAGAAGCCGCUCUGCAAGUGAAGGGAAACCGCGCGAGACAGAGAGGUGGAGACUGAUGAGGACGCACGCUGUCUUGGGAUGGGUUCGCUUGUUUCCGUCACUACAUGGCGGCAGCCACACACUGCUAACACGACUGACCCACUUCAAUUUGAACUCAAUAUUAAAAUGACCCUUGUUGAAAGUUGAAGAAAAAGGUUUUUUAUCACCAGGUUUUAAUGUUGCUGUAUUUGGGUUCUUCUGAUUUAACAGCCUAAUACUGCAAACGUCUUCCAAGUUUAAUAAUAUUUAGAAGAAAGAACCCCUCCUUAUCUGAUAGACUCAAUCUGACUCUGCUUUUGCUGUUUUGUUUUCUUUUGCAUGGACAAAGAACGAUCGGUGUAACUAUUAAUUAUUAAUGCUUAACACAGUGGCGACUCAGUGCGUUAAGAUUGAGAAGCCUCACAUGUAACUCUGUGUGCAGGAAGUUGUCCCGUUUGGCACUUUUCUUUGGAAGAAUCUCCGUCCAUACCUUGUUAGGGAAGGUUCCUACACUAAAGACUCCUCAGCAUUAAAACCCUUAUUGUGGUCGGGAGUGAAAUAAACAGUGAGGCUGUUACAAGUGUACACAGUGUGAGAGCAGGUCCUCUGGCAGAAACAUGUACAUGUUUCCCAUGUUCAUCGUCCAUUCAUUCACUUCUGAGUUAACCUUUUUUGGAUUGGUUUAGAAUACACACACACACACACACACAGACGGUUUCACUGCAUCAUUUCCUAACCUUUGUACGCACUCGUUUUCUUACGCUUCAACAGUGUGAUUUUUAGUCACUCAAAUCACCAUAACACAACUAGCCUGUUCAUUCAAAAUUACUCGUUUAUUGAGGAAAAGGUGAGAGAAUUAAAGACACGUUGUUCAAACUCGGCCACAUUCAACGUGAACAAACCCUUAAAAAGUUCAAGAAACACAACAAAAACAUUUUAGCAACUCUUUACAGUAAACAAUGUGUUCAGGGGCUACAGUCAGAAAAAUUUCACACAGUCUGCAAAACUAAACAAGUCAAGUUUCACAAAACGAGAAAGAGGGAUGCGGAACGUUUCUGAACUAACGAGGACUCCCGGCGGGUUUAUUGGGCUUAGCAUGGGUAUGUAUAUAUUUAAUGCAUCUAUCAGGAAAGAUGUUGAUAAAAGCUUUGAUAUGUUGUAUGUGUGUAAUGGAGUACUUUUUGAGCCCGUGUACGCAGAUAUUGUGGCACAAUUUUUUUGUAUUUUGUAUAAAAAUAAACUGAUGGUUUAACUGGC